CCCGAUUUCAAAUUCAGAGACGCUCUAAAAAAUGAAGCAAUGCUAUCUAUUUCAAGCGGUGACCAUUCAUCACUUCCAGUCCUCCGACGGACUGACAGCGCAACAGUGCAUUUAUUUAUACGCAGACGGUUCAUGGCCUUCAUAGUCUCCCCUGUCCGCUUGUUCAGGGCAGACACCUCCUGGCAACUGACAGCGACACAAAAUGAGGGUUCUAGAAGCAAAGUUGUGUCGCUGUGUAUCAAGACUCAGGUUGCAAAAACAUAUCUACGGCAGAUCUAAGAAAUGUCAUGCAACUACCAUGACAACUCAGCUGCGCACGCCUCAUCUAUUAAAUACAGCAUGGUGUCACACAUCGGAACGCAUUCCGUAUCCCGAGAAUGGUCGUAUGUCCUAAAUGAGUCGUAAGGCAUGUCUGAUGCGUUUACUGCGUUCCGACUGCGUGGCAGUCAAGUUCGUCUGCCAAGAAUCGAGGAUAUUGCGCCCGAAGAAGCAAAACUUCGUUUGAAUGAACACCGUAGUCAUUCUGAAGAUCUGCUCACGUAACGCCUCCCUGAACGACGUGAAAAUGAAAAAACCAGAACACGCACGUGCUGUAACUGUUACACCUAGACGGGUCGCAGACACGUGACACACCGCGUAUUCCCCAAGUUCAAGAGACGCUGCAUGUUGGCUAGUUGCAGACAAACACUGACGUCUCCUACCAAAUAUAGUUUGCGGUUCUUGGCUAAUAGAGACGUCAAGAAAAAAGGUGCCGUGUUUGACUACCACUAUUGAAUGCACGUAGAUCAAGAAGUCUGAGAUGUCCACCCUGUCGCGGGGAUAAUCUUCAGGAAUGAUCAAUGGCUGAACCAGUACAUUAAAGCGGCAGCCGGGGGCCAACACGCCACCGGUCGGUAAGAAAGCGCGAUGCAUGGCGAAGAUCUUGCAGAGGAGCACGCUAGCCAUUCGACUGACGAUAUAUUUUACUUGCUUGGGGUACGGUAGUCUCCUUGCCGCCGAUUCGUACAAUUCUCUCGAAUCAAACCAGGCUGAACCUUCCCUUUGUCGCAAUCGAUAUUUUUUUCGAAAAACGCCGGUAUUCCGUGUUACCUCAACACAUCCCUCGGUCUCGACGCGGAGGGCGGUGUCUCAGCAUCAGCAACAGUUGGGCAAAUGGUGGUGAAUAGCGGCUGAUCCGUCCUCCCAAAUGAGGAAACUUAAACUUCUCACCAGCUGGCUGGCGCUUCAUUCCACACUAGCGCUUUUCUGCUAUCUCCAGUAUGGCGUUGAGGCUUGGGAGACGGCUUCCGAAAGAGCCGCGUUACACCAUCCUCCUCAGCUCAGGCCUCGCCAUGAGCUACAUCAAGGUGGAUUGAGCGGUGUGCCACGCAUGGUUGAGUGGCUCGAAUCAUUUCUCGAGGCCAGGACCAGAGAGGAACAAGAAAAAGGGCGAGCGGUCAUGCUGGACAGGAUUGGCCGUAGCUGCCAAGAUCCAGAUUCUGUUCCCGCGUGUGUCACAGCCUGGGCAGAGAAGACACAUGCUUCACCGGAGACCACAGAACAGCUACUGGAACUUUGGGAGAUGGAAAAGGAAAACGGCGUUUCCUUCCAGGACUUCAUAGCACGGGUCAGCAGGUUUCAAAAUCGAGGGGGCGUGCAAGCCCCAUCCGAUCCGUCCUGGCGCCCAAGGCCGUCACACUCUCGUGGAACCGAAGAUGUGGCAAGCGUCACUCCAGAUGCUGAAUGGAUGGAUUGGUCAAAGGACGGCCCACGUGCAGCCUGGAUCCGUCAACCGCCCGUAUGUACUUCCAAAGAAUGCCUUCGACAUGCCAAAGUGACCCCUUGCUCGGCAGGACAUGGGCUCACGGUCGAGGCUGACACGACUGAAUCAAGUAUGACCACUCAUGCAGCACCUGGAGAACUAAGGAAGACGACACCGAGAGAGCCCUACUUCCUUCGCCGCCCCUCCGGUGCUGCGGAGGGCAUUGUACACGUCUAUGACAAUAUUAAAAACAAGCUGAGCGACAAGCUGGGGCCUCACAGCGACGCAAUCAGGAAUCUAUACGACCAACACAACGAGGAUGAGGCAUUAUAUGAAGACUACAAAGAAGCAUAGACGGCGGGCUACUGAUGCAAAACAGUUCUACUGGUGGUUCGGGACGAAAUGCUUGCAGUUCUCUGAUAAGCGGCGGUUUCUGUGAUGCAGCCAAAUAGUGUUCCGCUCGUACAGGCAUAUGUUUCCACAGCCAUUGUUACGUGAAUGGUUCAUGAUCAUGUAUUUUACUGGCUGAACACUCUAUGGCCAAGAACAUGUGUGUUUUUCCAUACGCCUCCGACUGGAAAUUCAGAAUGAAUUUUUGCUAUUGCUAGCUCGCCUGACACUCGGGUCAUGCGAAACGCAGCAGGCGCUUCGCCGUUUUGGUCUUCGGGCUUGCAUGCCAUCUGAAAACGACCCUCGACCGGCUAAGCGGCGGAUUCCGACUGCAACGGAUACACAGGUAGUUUUCGCAUGAACGAAGACGUCAGUAACAGAAAUAUCAGCAAUAAACGGAACAUACGGAGGGGCAUGCUUCUCGGGAGUAUACACGCUCCACAUCGCUCGUAGAUUUCUUACGCAGACCAUAAGGCUCCGUAUCACUGGUGAGAAACAGAAAACUCGUGCGGACCUAGGGAAACCCUCCAAUCAUGCACAGAAUGUAACAUAUACGGUCGAACAACUAGUAUGUUCCAGUAUACCUGCACAUUAUAACGCCUCGCAUAAUCAGUCAACUAACGAUGUAGCAACGUACUCGAUAAAUUUGCGUCUUGCAGAGAGCACUUUCUCACGAACUUUCCCCAAAACCUGCAAGGACCCUACGGGGUUAGCAGUCUGAUAGCGACGUGUGGUGACCCCUACCAGGGCGUACACUGGGAUUUCUCUCCGUGGACGGAUGAAAAUAUGUUGACCUCCUUGGGGGCUCCACUCAACUAACAAUCGGGCAUUUUCCAUUGCCGCGCUGGGAUUACAUUGUGUAUCUCUCUUUUAGGGAGGGCAGUAA